AUGACGCACACCGAACACCCUAUCGAUACGCCGCCCCGUGCGCCCUCUCCCGUGCACCAGUUCGGCACCUUGGCCGUCCACGCAGGCUCUCCUCACGACCCCGUCACCGGCGCUGUCAUUGCUCCUAUUUCCCUCUCCACCACCUUCGCCCAGACGUCGGUUGGCAAGCCCGUUGGCGAGUAUGAAUACACCAGGAGCUCGAACCCGAACAGGGAUAACUUCGAGAAAGCUAUCGCCGCCCUUGAGCACGCCCGCUACGCCCUUGCCUUCUCCUCGGGCUCAACCACCACCGCCAUCAUUCUGCAAUCUCUCGCCGCAGGCUCGCACGUCGUCUCUGUUUCUGACGUCUAUGGCGGAACUCACCGCUACUUCACCAAGGUCGCCGCCGCACAUGGCGUUCACGUCACAUUCUCUCCGUCGAUUGAGCUGGACAUCGAGGACCUGAUCCGUCCCAACGAGACAAAGCUGAUCUGGAUCGAGUCGCCCAGCAAUCCUACGCUGAGCCUGGUGGAUAUCCGCGCUGUUGCUACCGUUGCACACAAGCAUGGCAUCCUGGUCGUUGUGGACAACACCUUCCUCUCUCCCUACGUCCAGAACCCUCUGGACCACGGUGCCGACAUUGUUGUGCACAGCGUGACAAAGUACAUCAACGGCCACUCGGACGUGCUGAUGGGCGCCUGCGCUUUCAACUCGGACGCGCUGUUCGAGCGGCUGUCCUUCCUGCAGAACGCCAUCGGCGGCGUCCCCAGCCCCUUCGACUGCUGGCUCGCCCACCGUGGUCUCAAGACGCUGCACUUGCGCGCCAGGGAGGCCACAACUAACGCAACCCAGAUCGCCCACGCUCUUGAAGCCUCGCCACAUGUCAUCGCUGUCAACUACCCCGGCCUCGCUUCGCAUCCUCAGCACCACAUCACGGCUAAGCAGCACCGCAACGGCAUGGGCGGCGGCAUGCUUUCUUUCCGCAUCAAGGGCGGCAAGGAUGCCGCUGAGCGCUUCUGCCAGGCCACCAAGAUCUUCACCCUCGCCGAGUCUCUGGGAGGCGUCGAGUCGUUGGUUGAGGUGCCCGGCAGCAUGACGCACGCAGGCAUCCCCAAGGAGCAGCGUGAGGCUGCUGGCGUCUUUGACGACCUCGUCAGGGUCAGCUGUGGUAUUGAGGAUGGAGAGGACUUGAAGAGGGAUGUUUUGCAGGCGGUGGAGAAAGCCGCGGUUGGCGGCAAGCUCAACAACGGCACGGGUGUCUCCAAUGGUUCUGCUUAA